AUGCUAAACAGGACGUCGAAUAGAGUCGCAACGCGAACAGUCGCCUCUGCGAAGACGAACUUGGGCGGACGGGCGUACCUGCUAAAUCCGCAUGUGAACAAAGGAACUGCGUACACGAUUGAGGAGCGAAUGGCCCUCGGAAUCCACGGCCUCCUCCCUCCCGCCGUCUUCGAUAUGGACACGCAGCUCGAGCGACUGAAGAAACAGUACGAGUACGAAGCCUCCGAUCUGGCCCGAUACUCGUUCCUGAUGGCUCUCUACGAGCGAAACGAAACCCUCUUCUAUCGCCUCGUCCAGUCUGACGUCAAGAAAUACAUGCCGAUCAUCUACACUCCCACAGUCGGCCUCGCCUGCCAAAAAUUCGGCGCCAUCUUCCGCCGACCCCGCGGCCUCUUCAUCACCAUCCACGACAAAGGCCAUAUCGCUUCCAUCCUGGACAACUGGCCAGAAACGGACGUCCGGGCUAUCGUUGUCACUGAUGGCGAGCGAAUCCUCGGUCUUGGCGAUCUUGGUUGCCAGGGAAUGGGUAUCCCAAUCGGUAAACUCGCUCUUUACACUGCUUGCGCUGGUAUUCGACCUGAUAUGACUCUCCCAAUCCAGAUCGAUGUUGGAACCAACAACAAAGAAUUACUCAACGACCCAAUGUACCCUGGCAUCAAGCUUCCCCGAGUCCAGGGAAAAGAAUACGAAGAAUUCAUCGAAGAAUUCAUGCAAGCAGUCACUCACAAGUGGGGCAAACAAGUGCUCAUUCAGUUUGAGGACUUCGGAAAUCACAACGCUUUCAAGCUGCUGCGAAAAUACAAGAACCGAUAUUUAACUUUCAACGACGAUAUCCAAGGAACUGCUGCCUGUGCUGUGGCAGGUCUUUUGGCGACUUCCCGAAUCACUGGAAAGCCAAUUUCCGAGGAGAAGUUCCUCUUCCUUGGUGCUGGAGAAGCAGGAUUGGGUGUUGCCAAUCUUCUUGUUCUUCUUCUCCGAGAUAUGGGCGUCAGUCCAGCUGAAGCGUACAGAAAGAUCUGGCUCUUCGACAUCGACGGUCUGAUCACUUCCAACCGAAUGGAUCUCGAUCCCCUGCAAAUUAAAUUCGCUCACGACCACGAACAGGUGAAGACCUUCGAAGACGCCGUUGAUUCGCUCAAGCCAUCCGCCAUCAUUGGCCUCGCUGGUGCCGGAAGAAAGUUUACACCUGCCAUUCUGAAGAAGAUGGCGGCAAACCACGAUCGACCGAUUAUCUUUGCUCUUUCGAACCCGACUUCAAGAGCUGAGUGCACCUCCGAAGACGCUUACAACCACACCAAUGGUCAGUGUGUGUUCGCUUGUGGCUCUCCAAUGAACUCCGUGACUGUUAAUGGACAGGAGUUCGUCCCCGGACAAGGAAACAACGUCUACAUUUUCCCUGGAGUUGCGUUAGCCUGCAUUCUCACCGGCGCCACUACCAUCAACGAUAGAGCAUUUUUGAUUGCUGCUCAGCGGGUUGCUUCCGAGCUUUCCGAGGAAGAAGUAGCCAAGGGAGCCGUCUACCCCGAUCUGGACCGCAUCCGAGAGAUCUCCGAAAAAGUCGCCAUCGACGUAGCAAAGUACCUCUUCGACGCUGAACUGGCGACCUACCGACCAGAGCCUCACAAUGUUGCCGAGUGGGUGCGAUCGAAAACCUGGCAUCCAGAGUACCAAUCGAUGAUUCGGGCCAAUUACGCCAGUCUAUUCGACAAAACAAGCGGAAGACCGGAGUCCCUUUUGAAAAGAGUUGAUUUUAAUAAAUCGCCAUUUCUCCCAAAAAUUGAGGACUGCAAAAAACAACGAAACUCUUCAAACUGA